CAUUUGGUUCCAUUCCCUUUCUCGAUCUCUCGAAACCGCCAUUAAUGGCGGAUUCGACCUCAAACGCCACGACACUUUAAUUUACCAAAAUACCCCUCCCAUCGCACACAAAUGUAGUAACAACCGUUUCCCCGCUAGUUUCCCCCUCGAAAUCCCGAUCGAGACCCGAUGAAUCCCCGCGAUUCCCACCCCGUUUCCCUCCCCAUCGACCUCACGAUCCAGAUCCUCGCGCGCCUCCCCACCAAAUCCCUCCUCCGAUUCCGCUCCGUGUGCAAGCUGUGGCGCGAGGUGCUUUCCCAGAAGCAGUUCGUCGACCUCCACUUCGCCCUCAGCUCCCGCACCCGCGGCGUCGCGAUCGAAUCCCCCGAUCACGCCGCGUCCACCCCCGAUUUGGUAUGUGUCGAUCCGAUCCUAGGGGUUUCGGCGUUUUCGCUGGAUUUUUUGGACGAUCGGGUCAAAAUUAGGGCUUCUUGUAAUGGCCUCCUGUGUUGCUCGAGCGUGCGGAGUCGGGGCGUGUACUACGUGUGCAAUCCGAUGACGAGGGAGUUUAGGGUUUUGCCGCGGACGAGGGAGAGGCCCUUCACGCGAUCGGAGCCGGAGUACGAGGCGACCCUGGUAGGGUUAGGGUUCGACCCCGCUACGUGGAGGAUCCACGUUGCGAUCGCCGGGUUCCACCGCUCGUUCGGGCGGUGGCCCCGCGGCGGCGAUCGGCGGCUUGUGUGCAAGGUGUUCGACGCCGCCACCGGGGCCUGGACCCGGUUCGCCGCGUCAAUGUGCGACGAAUUCACCUGCAUGAACCGGAACCAGUCGGUGUACGCCGGGUGCUCGAUGAAUUGGCUCACCCACUGCUGCCGCUAUGUUUCCGUGCUCGAUCUCGAGAACAUGCUGUGGGGGAAGAUCACGUUGCCCGACGAGGUGCUGGCCACGCAGCAGGGGACGAGAUUUUACCUGUUGGAAUUGGAGGGGUCCGUUUCGGUUGUUCAGAUGUCUAGAUUUUGGAUGAGCACUUGGGUGUUGAAGGAUCGCGCUAAAGAGGAGUGGGCUCUGGUGGACAGGGUGAAUCUUAGGUGCAUUGACGGGUACGCGGCGAGUGUUUUUCCGAUUAGCCAGACGAAAGAUGUGGUUUUUAUGGCCACCCAGAAGAAAAUACUGAUGCAUGAUCGAAAUUCGAGGGUUUGGAAGGAGGUUUAUGGGGUGGAGGGCAAUUUCACGUACCCGUUGUGGUUCUCAGCGUUCGCUUUUGGGAGCACACUCUUUCCCUGCCGACAAGCUAUUUUUCACAUGCAUUCAGUUCGAAGAGCAAGAAGAAGCUUCUUUCUGCUUGCACAUAAGUCUGCUGGAAGACGUGAAUCUCAUUUACGUUCUUCUUACAAGAAAAGGGGUCCUACUUUUGGGAGAUCCGAAUCCUCCAUUGAAUGCUGCUUACCAAAGAAGUUGGGCCAGAUGUAAAAGUUAUCAUUGGACAGUUAUCUGGAAUGAGUUGUUGCAUGUAUAUAUUAGAAAAAUACAGAAAUGGUUCUAUAAAGAAAAAAAGAAGAAAAAAAAAAAGAGGGAUAGUUGUAUACAACUCUCUGCAGACACAUCAAAUUAUGGAUAUAUCUCUUUAAAGUUUAAGUGAUCAACUAUGCUUCUCCAAAUAUGCUGAUUUGUUCAUAUUUGCCUCUCUAGUUGAGUGCCGUUAGUUUUUUAUGGUAGUUUUUUUAUUAAUCUUUAAUAGUUAAAAAGUGAAAUGACAAAAUUGUCUGUGCAAGUCUGCCCUUCGAAGUGCUACUAACAGUUGAAAAUGUGCAAGAACGCAGCUCAUAAAAACGCAAUGAUUACUUUUGCAAAAUUCCCUCCAAAUGCUGGAUUUGACAAUCAUAUGUCCCUCCAAAUACUUUUGAGUUAUGUAAAAAUGUUCUUUCCAAUGAUCUUUUUCUUCCUCUAGAUCUCACCCACUGAAAGUCUAGUGAAAA